GAUGAAUUCUUGUUUUAAUUCUUUUUCUUGAUUAUUAAUUACAUUUCUUGAUUUUGUGAAAUGUGAAGAUUAUGUUGAGGGUGAAAUUUCACGUUUUUUCAAGUUUGAGCACAGGAGCUGUAAACGAAUUGAAUUAUUUAAUUCUUUGAAAUCGUGUCGAGUUUUGAGGUUAUUUUGAUUUGAAGAACAGACAACAUGGCUUUAGUAUCUGGAAGAAGAUCGACACUUAAUCCAAAUGCUCCUCUUUUCAUCCCAGCCUCAGUACGCCAAGUGGAAGACUUCUCGCCAGAAUGGUGGAAUCUGGUUACGACAUCGACUUGGUUUCACAAUUACUGGCUCAGCGAGCACCAGGGAGAGGAUUUAUUCGGCGUGAAAGAUGAUGGCAAUGAUGUAGCUAAAUUGCUCCCUGAUAACAUUGACCUUGUUGUGGACGAUGAUACAUUGUACAUGGAAGCCCAGUUCGAGGAAUUUCUUAAAUCAUCCGAGCCUGAGAAUGGAAGCAAGGCAGUCGAGGGAAAACCUGAAAAUGGUAUGGUCCUUUUUUCUGAUUUUGAUUGAUAAUGUAUUUGCCCUUUUCUCUUGUUUGUGUCGUGCAAAUUGGGACAUAGUGCAUUUGGCUUGGGUGAUUAGUGUUUUUAAUUGAUUCAAGAAUUUAAACAGCACGAAUCAAUCGGCCAGAGCAUAAUGUUAACUUGCCAAUUCCUCUGCGUGAAAGGGGAAUUGACUGUGAUCAUGAAUUAUGUUCAGUUUUAUAGAUGCCUAUACCGUCAUGUCUGCAGAGUUUGUUU